AUGGCGAAUGACGAAUACGACUUCCUGUUCAAGGUUGUCCUUAUCGGAGACUCUGGUGUCGGUAAAUCCAAUCUUUUGAGUCGAUUUACUCGAAAUGAAUUCAACCUAGACUCAAAAUCAACCAUCGGUGUAGAGUUCGCAACUCGAUCAAUUCAAGUGGAUGCAAAGACAAUCAAGGCGCAGAUCUGGGAUACCGCUGGUCAGGAAAGAUAUCGCGCCAUCACAUCCGCCUAUUAUAGAGGUGCCGUUGGUGCUCUUCUGGUUUACGACAUUAGCAAACACCAAACCUACGAAAAUGUUACAAGAUGGCUAAAGGAGUUGAGGGAUCAUGCUGACUCCAACAUUGUCAUCAUGUUGGUCGGAAACAAGAGCGAUUUAAGGCAUCUGAGAGCUGUGCCUACGGAGGAGGCCAAACAGUUUGCCAGCGAAAACAACCUUUCCUUUAUUGAGACCUCAGCUCUCGAUGCUAGCAACGUUGAGCUUGCCUUCCAAAAUAUUCUUACUGAAAUUUAUCGAAUUGUAUCCCAGAAAGCCCUCGAUAACGGUGAUUCUGCACAGGCCACUAUUGCAAGUGGUACAAAUAUUACACUUACGCCUCCUCCUUCAGACGAGGCAGCAAAGGGAGGCGGAAAAUGUUGUUAA